CUGGUGCUGCGGUGUGGUCACACAGAUCGCUGCUAGCAGGCUGGGUCAGGUUAGCGCCGCUCGGGGCUCCUCCGCUUCAUGUCGUGUUUCUAGCCCCGGUUCCUAGUCCCGUCCUACACUCGCCUCGAAGAAUGAGCGACAACGACGACAUCGAAGUCGACAGUGACGAAGACUCCCCGAGGUAUCACUGUGUGGCAGACAAACGGGCGCACCACAAUGCGCUGGAGCGCAAGCGUAGGGAUCACAUCAAAGAUAGCUUCCACAGCCUGCGGGACUCUGUGCCCGCGCUCCAGGGCGAGAAGGUUGGUAACCCUCAAACUGCGUCUCGGGCUCAGAUCCUCGACAAAGCCACAGAGUACAUCCAGUACAUGAGGCGAAAAAAUCACACGCACCAGCAGGACAUCGACGACCUGAAGAGGCAGAACGCCCUGCUGGAGCAGCAAGUGCGUGCUCUGGAGAAGGUGAAGGGCUCGGCCCAGCUCCAGGCCAGCUACUCCUCCUCCGACAGCAGCCUGUACACCAACCCCAAGGGCAGCGCCGUGUCGGCGUUCGACGGCGGCUCCGACUCCAGCUCCGAGUCGGAGCCGGAGGAGCCGCCCAACAGGAAGAAGCUGCGCGUGGAGGCCAGCUAGGAAGCCCAUCGACCCCCCCCACCCGGCCCAGGUGGAGGUGGCGGAGCACAAGGGGGAGGGUGAGAGCGAACGCAGCCUCGAAGCUCUCCAGGCUCAUCGAACCCUCCCCCCCCCACCACAUCUCUCACGCCAACGCCGACGACCACCGCCACCGGCCGCGGCCUCACUCUCUCUCCUCCAUCUCUGGGUGGGCUCGCACUGGAGACUCGGGACCCCCUGAAACCUCCUCACACCACCACCCCCUCUCUCUCUCUCCCUCUCUCGCCCCACCCGGUCUCUGCGAACAGGAGAGAGGAAGCCAGCCGGGUGGAAGACGACUGCUUCAACACAUGUAGAGAGCUUCAGGUUUUCUCCCCUCCCUAUCCCCCCCUUCCCUCUCCCUUUCCCUCCCCCUCUCUCUCUCUCUCCCUUCCCCCCUCCCUCUCUCUCUCUCCCACUCUUCCCCUGUUCUGGUCAUUGGUAUUUCCCCUCUAGCGACGUCCGCAGUCCAAAACCCAAAAAAAGAGGCAGCUUGGCAACUUAAAGACUUGAUGCUUUUUUUGUACCCUCAAUGAAGCCCCUCCUCCGACCCGGGGUUGUUUUGGGAGGGGGGGGAGCACCAGGUGUACUCCUCCAAGCACUGCUAUAUUAUAUAUUUUACUUUCUUUUUUUGUUCAUUUUGUUCUUCUUGAUUAAAAAAAAAAAAAAAAACCUGUUUAGAAUCUACACACACACACACCUAGAUAAAUGCUCCUGCAGAAGUUUACCUUUUUUUAAAAAUAAAACUGGAAAAAAAAAACAACACAACCAAUUUGUAGCUUAAUUAUUUUCCACUAAAGAAUGUGAAGGUGCUUAAAUAAUGAAACCCACCUCAGGCCCGGCGGACGUUUCCUGCCCGACGACGUCCGCUAACACGAGAAAAAAAAACUGAAAAAAUAGAAAACGUGACUCUGUUGAAAAUUGAUGUUUUGAAGGAGAAUCUUCCUGAACCUGUAUCGUAUUUCGUCCUUUAGCUUGAAGUAGUGAAUGACUUUAGGUGGCUGAAUACAUUAGGCAUCUCGUUUUAUAUAUUAUUAUGAUUAUUAUUAAACAAAAAAAAAACAACGCAUUGAUUGGAUGUUUUUUCGAGUUGGAGAACGAUAAUUAAAUAUGUUAUGCAUUUUGUAGUAAUCUCACGAGUCCUUGGGGUAAAAAAAAAAAUAUAUAUAUAGCCAAUUUGUCACAUGUAGUUUUCCUUAAGGGUAUGAAAUAGGUCUUGAAUGUCAGAAGGUAGCUCCCGUCCGCCGCAGUACAAGGAAGCGGAAUCGGUCCCAGUCGAUGUGUUGUGCUUUACACGGUAAAAUCAAUGUUGCUGAAUCUCUUUCCCCCCCCCCCACGCCCCCCUGAGACAUAUGGAAGCAUUUUGCGUGUCUAGGAAACGUGUGUGUCUGUAUAUUGUUUCCGUUUUAUUUCCAUUUAGGAGGAUAUCAUUAGUGUAAAAGGUCUUUUGUUUGUCCGAUUCCAUUCCAUGGAAAUUACAAGUAUGUUGUACAUACUGCCAACAAUUGUCUUGCAAGUUGAGGCCUACCUUUACUAUGAGACUAUAAAAUAAACUAUUUUAUCCUUUAA